GCCUCUUCGGAAUGGCAUUUACCCUUGUGAGACGAAAACCCCGCAGCUGCCGAGGGUGGUCGUUAUUAUUUCACUGAUGCAGGUCAGGUAGCACGCGAAGAGCGUGGGUUUGGAUCUGUGUGUUACUGGAGGUCAUGUAGAAGAGCAGAUUUAAUGUGAAGAUGGGACUGUUGGUGUUUAUGCGUAACCUGCUGCUAGCCCUCUGCCUCUUUCUGGUACUGGGAUUUCUGUACUAUUCUGCUUGGAAGUUGCACCUCCUCAGAUGGGAAGAUUCAAAUUCAGUGGUUCUUUCCUUUGACUCCGUUGGACAUACAAUAGGCUCAGCUUUCCUUGUUGAACAGGAAGGAGAGAGAGAAAAACUGUGGCUAUUCUGCUUCCGCUGUCCAUCCCAUCUCACCUUGCUGCAGACCCAGGAAAAGACAGAGUCCAGAAAGAACUCAGAGAAACAAUGGCAGCUCCAGGCCCAGCCAUUCCCAGUAGAGUAUGACAAACUGGGCUUUCUCCUGAACCUGGACUCAAAAUUGCCUCCAGAAUUGGCAUCAAAGUAUGCAAAUUUCUCAGAGGGAAUGUGCAAGCCUGGUUAUGCAUCAGCGCUCAUGACUGUCAUCUUCCCAAAGUUCUCGAAGCCGGCACCAAUGUUCUUGGAUGAUUCCUUCAGGAAAUGGGCUCGUAUCAGGGACUUUGUACCCCCCUUUGGAAUUAAAGGACAAGAUAAUCUGAUCAAAGCCAUCCUGUCAGCAACCAAAGAUUACCGUCUAACUCCAGCUCUUGACAGUCUCAGCUGCCGGCGAUGUAUUAUUGUGGGAAAUGGUGGAGUACUUGCGAAUAAGUCAUUGGGGUUAAAAAUCGAUGACUAUGAUGUUGUUGUCAGGCUGAACUCUGCACCAGUGAAGGGCUUUGAAAAAGAUGUGGGUGGCAAGACAACUCUCCGGAUCACAUAUCCUGAAGGUGCAAUCCAGAAAAUGGAGCAGUAUGAGAAGGAUUCCCUGUUUGUUCUGGCAGGAUUCAAAUGGCAGGAUUUCAAGUGGCUGAAAUACAUUGUUUACAAGGAGAAAGUGAGUGCCUCUGAUGGCUUUUGGAAGUCAGUGGCGACCCGUGUCCCAAGAGAACCUCAUGACAUACGUAUCCUGAAUCCCUACUUCAUCCAGGAGGCAGCUUUCAGCUUCAUUGGUUUGCCUUUCAACAAUGGCCUGAUGGGCAGAGGGAACAUCCCUACCUUGGGAAGCGUAGCAAUAACCAUGGCUCUCCACAACUGUGAUGAGGUGGCGGUAGCUGGGUUUGGCUAUGACAUGAGUUCACCCAAUGCACCGCUGCACUACUAUGAGAACAUCAAGAUGUCUGCCAUCAAAGAGUCCUGGACACACAACAUCCAGCGGGAGAAGGAGUUCCUGAGGAAGCUGGUGAAAGCCCGAGUCAUCACUGACCUAACCAGUGGGAUCUGAGUGGCUUCAGCCACUGCCUCCAAGGGAGGGGACGAAGAUGCACGCUGCAGCUCUAGAUGCAGGCACUGGCAGCCCCCCGUAAGAAUCCCACCUCACUGAAGACACACAGAGUUGCCCAGGUGCUCUGGGAAGACCCUCUCACAUUGCCAGUCUGCGUGAGGGUUACAUCUGCUGCCUCCAGGCCUAGAGCUGGCAGGAGGUGGGCAAGGGGCUGAGUGGGCAGUUCAUGAACUCUGAAUCACAGACAGAUCUUCUGUGUCCUGAACUAAACAGGAGAGACUCAGGAGAGAGAAGACAGGUUUGUGAAUAAAACGAUUCGUGCCAAAUGGGAGGCGAUGCUGCCCCGAGGCAGUGAUGCCUGAAUGUACAAAGUAUUAUUUUUUAAAAGAAACUCUGCUGGAAUCAUAUGAGAAAUACCAAGGUGCAAGGCAAAGACUGCUUGUGCACAGCCCUGUGAAACACCCGGCCUCUUCAUGCUCCAUCUGCGUUGUCACUGGCCUCAGACCUUUCCCCAGGAAAACAAAUCCAUCUAAACCUUCGGUGUCGUUGGUGCUGCUAUAACUCAGAGGGAGAGUAUUAGCUUUCCCUCAUCCUCCACGUGGAGCUUCUAGAUGGAGAUGAGCAUGGGUUUGUUUUUCUGCACUUUUCCUUGCUUCCUGUAUAGAGGCAGCGGCAGCAGCCACUUACUUGGCUGCGUUUUCCAUAGCCAUUUGCUCUGCCUCUGCUCUGACCCCAAGGUGGAGCCGGGAGCUGAUGGCUUUCUCUGCCUGCCUCAGACCCUCCCCACCUUCCUGCUUGUCACGGCGCUGAGGAGCCUGCCUUGUUGUGCUCAAGGCUUUCAGGCCUCUUGGUUUAUGCCUGCUGUGCAGGGCCCCUGUGGAGUCCAUACAGAUUGGUGUCACCGUUUCUGGACAGCAUCUUGCUUUAUUUUUGUGUGGGAGAGGAGUAAUUUAUUCUUUGGAAGGAGGUCAGAUCUUGCACAGAGAUCUGCAGCUUUACAGCUUGAGAGCAGGCUGCUGAAGAAGUUCAUUUUACUUUCCAGACUUGAUCAUGUUCCCUGUUUAAGUGA